UAGCCGCAUAGAGAGUGCAGAAAUAUUAAUGAGAAGAAGAGGGCGCUCCUUCUCUCCCACAAUCUCCUACACAGUACGCGCUAUCAUGUGUCUCAGCAGGCUUCAGUAAUCAUGCCUACCAGCUUCACUGCCCUUCUGUAAACUUCUAUAUAUGAUAAUGUUCCUCUACGAUAUAUCCACCAAUCUUUCUGCAUUUCCGUUUUUGACCCCCUCAGAGCCAGACAUGGUUCAAGCAGAAACCUUAUGGAUAAAGCUUUCACCCAACACCAACGGACAGAAGUACCCCAACUCCCGCGACGGCAUGCCCUCUGUUUGCCAUCCGUGAAGCCGAAGAGUUCCAAUAAGUCUACUGCGUUUCUCGUAUUGGGUCGUUUCUGGGUGUCGAAAUAUCUUCGAAAUUUGUGUUGCAGAGGGCAGUUUUCUAAUGGGUUUUGUGUGAGGAGGAUUCGUUUUUCUGGCAUGGUGGUGAACAACUCUGUCUUUUGUGAUUCGCCUGGGUUUGUCGAAGGGGCGGCUGAAAUGGAGGGUUUUAUACAGAAGGGUGAAAAGGUUGAAGAGAGGGAAAAUGGAUUCGGUGACAGUGGGGGUGGAAUCGAGACUUUUGGAAGUUUGCUUGAGGACGAGGGUCGCGAGUGCAGUUCGAGCUCUGAUUCUCUGACUUCGGAGGCAACGGCUAACGAGGAGCAGAGUCACAGCAGUUCUGAGGAAUCAUCUUCGCCACUUCCAUUGGAUUGGUCUGUUCAGAAACAAGAGUCAUCACAUUCUCUCAGUUCUGGUGAUCCUGAUGGAGCAGAGAAACCCCAUUCGGAUGAGAUGAAAUUAGAGAAACAAGGUUCAACAAUUUCGGAUAUUGAGCUGAUGAAGGAAAGAUUUUCGAAAUUGCUGCUUGGAGAAGACAUGUCAGGAUGUGGAAACGGGGUGUGCACAGCACUGGCUAUCUCCAAUGCCAUUACUAAUCUAUGUGCUACCCUGUUUGGGCAACUUUGGCGAUUGGAACCUUUACCUGCAGAGAAGAAGGCUAUGUGGCGAAGAGAGAUGGAAUGGCUUCUUUGCGUUAGUGAUCACAUUGUUGAGUUAAUACCCUCUUGGCAGACUUUCCCUGAUGGGAGCAAGCUCGAGGUCAUGACUUGCAGACCCCGAUCAGAUCUUUACAUUAAUCUCCCAGCUCUGCGUAAAUUAGAUAACAUGCUACUUGAAGUAUUAGAUAGUUUUGAAGAUACCGAGUUCUGGUAUGUUGAUCAGGGGAUUCUAGCCCCAGAUACGGAUGGGUCAUCCUCUUUCCGAAGGCCCCUUCAGCGCCAAGAGGAAAAGUGGUGGCUACCGGUGCCUCGAGUACCACCUGGUGGCCUCCAUGAAAAUUCAAGAAAGCAAUUGCAACACAAGCGUGAUUGCACAAAUCAAAUACUGAAAGCUGCCAUGGCAAUCAAUAGCACGGCCUUAGCUGAAAUGGAAAUCCCAGAGUCAUACUUGGAAGUUCUUCCAAAGAAUGGAAGAUCAAGCUUGGGCGAUCUUAUUCAUCGAUAUGUUACAUCAGAUCAGUUUUCCCCGGAAUAUCUGCUCGCCUGUCUUGACUUGUCCUCUGAACAUCAGGCCUUAGAGAUUGCCAACAGAGUGGAGGCCUCAGUCUAUGUUUGGCGUCGGAAAACCAAUUCAAAACCCAUUAGUAAUACAAAUCGGUCCACUUCACGGUCAUCUUGGGAAAUUGUCAAGGAUCUGAUGGUUGAUGCUGACAAGAGAGAAUUGCUUGCAGAAAGAGCAGAAAGCCUCUUGCAUUGCAUGAAGCAGCGGUUCCCUGGUCUCCCACAAACAACCUUAGAUAUGAGCAAAAUUCAGUAUAACAAGGAUGUCGGGAAAUCCAUUUUAGAAAGCUACUCCAGAGUUUUAGAGAGCUUAGCAUCUAAUAUUGUCGCUCGAAUUGACGAUGUGCUCUAUGUGGAUGACUUGACGAAGCAUUCAGAUCAACUGUUGUCAAUCUCUAAAGUCGGUGUGAUGGCUCACAAGGGUGUUUCAAUUCCAUACUCGGUGCCUGUCCCAAACACUCCAUAUAAGACAGCUUUCACCACACCGAGCUUUUCCCCUGGGCAGUUGGUUAGCCCUGCUAAUGGAGACAGUUCACCAUUCAUCAAUGACUGCAAUCUUCUGCAUCGAGGGUUUGGCGUGAAAAAGGUCUUGACGGAUUAUCUUAGUAUUGAUACAAAGGAAAGAGGCUGUGGCAAACCUAUUGAGGGAUCGGAAUCAAUUUCAAAUACGGUUCUAGAUGCAUCGGCUCAUCAAACUGGAUCAGAAUUUUUUGAGCAUAGAAAAGAAGGGGUCAGCUCUCUAAGACAUGGCUCGGUUGUAGAAGGAUGAGAAUGCUGGAGGUUUGCCCUCUUGAACUAAUUCUGAGAUUUGGUCUCUCGCCGAACCCAUUUAUGUAUGCUUUAAGUAGAUAUACAAAAUGUACUGGGGAGUGGAAAAAUUAAUCAAAUUAUUUAAUUUUGUUGUAAAAUUGGAUUGCCAAAUGGUUUUCGUCA